CCAUGAUCCGAUUAAAAAAUACAACACGGCUACUCAGCACGGCGAAAUCGUCUUUCAUCCAUGAUUAUUCCAUUCUGCCCACCAGCAUACAGUACCGACUGCCGUCAAAAGAGCAUCCCGCGCUGCCUGAUAAUCAUUCCAACAUCAUUCGAUACAUUUUGGAAAUGGGCGAAAUUGAGGGUUUUGACUGGCAAAAGAAUCUGCAGAUGUUCCAAAAGUACCCGAUGAUGACUACAAAGAGACUUGAAAAACGCACAAAAAGACCCUCGAAUGUCAGAAUGCUCUCGUCUGACUUUAUCGAGGACUCGUUGUACAACCCGUCGUACGGCUAUUUUGCGAAGCAGGCAACCAUAUUCCAGCACGACGAGCCUAUUGUGUACAAGGAACUGGGUGGUCAGGAUGAGUUUAUGCAAAAAUGGAUUUCUGCGUAUGAUCAAUACGACCAAAAAAUGGUGCCCACUCUAAAGAAUAGCAAGGAGAACCACUUCCAAUUGACGAAGCCGUCGUUGCAAUUAUGGCACACUCCCACGGAGUUGUUCCAGCCGUACUACGGAGAGGCAUUGGCGAGAUAUUUACUGGUGAAUUACAAACUAAACCAGUACCCAUACAACGAUCUCACCAUCUACGAAAUAGGAGGAGGAAAUGGAACGCUCAUGACCAACAUUCUAGACUUUAUACAGAAAACACAGCCCGAGGUCUACGAGCGCACAAGAUACAACAUCGUGGAGAUCUCAUCGCGUUUAUUUGACAAGCAAAUAAAAAACAAGAGCAAACAUAGCCACAAGGUGCACCUCAUCAACCAGUCUGUGCUCGACUGGAAUAGACCUGUGCUCGAGCCGUGUUUUGUUGUGGCGCUCGAGGUGUUUGAUAAUUUGGCACACGAUGUGGUUCGCUACGAUAUCAACACCAAACAGCCUUACCAGGGAUACGUCGUGAUUGAUGAGAACAAUGACUUCAAAGAGGUGUUUUCACCUGAACUGAACCCAUGGACCAAGCAUUUUUUGAACCUUCGUGAACAGAGCAAAUGCGCAGUGUCAUCACUGAAAAAUCAUCCUCUCAACCAGCACAAACUGCUACAACAGCUAAAAAAUGCGUUCUACCCCUUGAGAAAUAAUUUGUCGGACCCUGAAUUUGUGCCUACGAGACUACUAAAAUUAUUCGAGAUACUGAAAAAAUACUUCCCCAACCAUCAGCUGGUGUCGUCUGACUUUUCAAGUUUCAACAGCACCGUCCCGGGCUACUGCUCGCCGCUGGUCCAGACAAUGCACAAAGACAGGAUGGUCAACGUCGACAGCUACAUGGUAAACCAGGGGUAUUUUGACAUCAUGUUCCCUACUAAUUUUGACGUGAUGAGCGAACUGUACCGGUUGGUGGUUGGCAAACUAUGCAACACCAGCACCCAUGCAGAUUUUCUGAGCGUGUGGGCCGAUACAGAGGUCACAACUACCAAAAGCGGAGAGAACCCAAUGCUUGAUCUAUAUUCUAACGCAUCAUUUCUGUACAGUUGAUCAAAGUCAAAAUGGGGAAAAGUUUUUUUUUCCUUAUUUUUUUCAUGAAUAUGCACAAUUACGUCUUACGAAUUAAAAAUAUGUUCAUGAAAUAUGCAUCAUAGUUCCAAGCCUUUUGUUUUAAAGCCUAAACGACAGCCCAGUAAAAAAAGAGCUUUUUUUUUUUCACACGAUCAUUAUGGGGAAAUCUCUCUUUACCAAUACGACUGAGUGCAAGGACUUGUCCUCUCAAACGUCGUCCGACUCCAGCAGCAACGGAUUUUUCUCGGCUACGGAUAGCUAUCUCCCCCAAAGAAAGCUGAAAUCCAGACAUGUGCAGCUCAUAGCCAUUGGAGGCUCCAUUGGAACGGGUUUGUUUGUCACGAUUGGAACCGGACUGGUCCACGGAGGCCCCGGCUCUCUUCUGAUUGCCUUCACUUUUUGGACAGUCAUCAUUUUAAUGCUGACUACGGCCAUCGGUGAAAUCGUCUGCUAUUUGCCGACAGCAUCUCCAUUCAUCGAAAUGGCAGGACGCGCAGUGGACGAGGCUGCUGAAUUUGCAAGUGGAUGGAACUUUUUCCUUGUGGAGGCACUCUACAUCCCGUUUGAGAUCACUGCGUGCAACACCAUGGUGCAUUUCUGGAGAAGCGACUACUCUCCAGGCAUCGCUUUUGCAAUCCAAAUUGUACUCUACAUUGCAUUCAAUAUCUGGACUGUGAGAUGGUACGGAGAGAGCGAGUUCAUUCUCUCGAUCACCAAGCUGAUUCUGGCGAUUGGACUGUUGUUCUUCACAUUCAUUGUGAUGGUGGGGGGAAAUCCGCAGCAUGAUGUGUUUGGCUUCCGAAAUUUCAACAUUUCACCAUUUGCAGAGUAUGUGACUACUGGAUCUCUUGGAAGGUUUGAAGGAUGGCUCGCCGCCUGGGCUAAAGCAGGAUUUGUGUGCGUUGGACCGGAAUAUCUCUCCAUGGUUGCCGGAGAAGCACGUAACCCUCGCAAGACCAUGAGGACAGCUUUCAAGACAGUCAUUUACAGACUGGCCAUCUUUUAUAUCGGUGGUUCGCUAUCUGUCGGCAUCCUGGUCGCUUGCAACAACCCGCAACUUAUCGCUUCUGUCACCAGUGGAAAAACCGACGCCUCCGCAUCGCCAUACGUCAUCGCCAUUCAAAACCUCAAUAUCAAGGUUCUACCGCAUAUCAUCAACGUUGUGAUUAUCCUCAGCGCAUUUUCUGCUGGUAAUUCAUAUUAUUACUGUGCAUCUCGUCAACUUUAUUCUCUUGCGAAACGUGGAUUUGCUCCACGGUUCCUUUGUUUGUGCAACGGCAACGGCAUCCCUAUUUUCUCUGUUGCCGUCACCACCGUUUUCGCUCUUUUAUCACUCUUGCAACUUGGACGAAACUCUGCCGUCGUGCUGAACUGGAUCGUGAAUCUCUGUACUGGCGCGCAACUCAUCAACUACGGUUGGAUGACCAUCACCUACAUCGGGUUCUAUAGGGCUGUGCAAGCACAGGGCAUCAACAGACGCUCCCUGCCGUAUAGAUCAUGGUUCCAACCGUACUCGAUCUAUAUUGUCACGUUCUUCGUGUGGAUCCAGAUCUUCGUCAUUGGAUACACCGUUUUCCUGCCCGGCUGGUGGCAGGUUUCUGACUUCCUCUUCUACUACCUGAUGAUCUUCGUCAACAUCGGACUGUUCGUCUUCUGGAAGGUUUUGAAACGCACCAAGUUCAUCAAGUCCCAGGACGUCGACUUAGUGUCGGGCCUGGAAGAUGUCGAAGCCCACGAAAUGGCCAUUGCUCUGGAGAAGGAUACCCAGAGCGACAAAUGGUACGACACUGCGCUUUCGUGGAUACUGUAGUUUGAUUACAAAUUCAUAGAUUAUUCUAGAUAAGUAUUUUUCCC